AGUAUAAAAUUAGAAAUUGUUUUUUCUUGUCAGAAAGACGAUGGAUAUAGCUAGAGAAAGGGGGUACAUGACACCCCUGGCCAAUUCAACACUUCUUCCAUUAAUGCUUUUGUCUUUGGCUACACAAAAAAACUCGCCAUCGCCAACUCAGUCACCAUCAACAGUCAACUCUGAAUAUGAUUAUAUCAUAGUUGGAGCUGGUUCUGGAGGUUCAACACUUGCAGGACGUCUAUCCGAGUUACCAUGCGUUAGUAUUUUGUUGUUGGAAGCAGGAGGGAUACCACCUAUACUGAAUGAUGUACCAAGCCUUAGCAGAUUUUUCUUUUUUACAGACCUUGACUGGGCCUACAAGACUGUUCCACAGAAGCAUACAGGAAGACUCCUCACCAACAGACAACUGAUAUGGCCCAGUGGUAAGGGACUUGGAGGAACAAGUUUGAUAAAUGGCAUGGAGUAUGUGCGGGGAAAUAAACGUAAUUAUGAUGACUGGGCUGCACAAGGUGCUGAAGGAUGGAGCUAUGAGGAUGUGCUGCCUUAUUUUAAAAAAAUGGAGAGCAACAAAAAUCCAGAAUACUACGGAAAUGGGUAUCAUGGAUUAAUGGGUCCAGUAACAGUUGAAAAGUCAAAUUAUAAAGCAGAAUUUAAAAAUCCCAUUCUUGAAGCAGCUCGUGAACUUGGUUAUCAAGUGAUUGAUGUAAACGGAGAUAAGGAAACAGGUACAAAUAUAUUCGUCAAUAAAUGCUUUUUUUUUGCAUAAAUGAAGGACUUAUAAUGCA